UCGCCGUCUUGAACUUGAGUAAUAAACUCGGCUGUGCCGCGGCGACAGAGCGCAAACACCACGCAGGUGUCUCAAAACACUGAGAAACACGCGGGGAUCGCCGUCUCUGCUCCCGGAUUAUAUAUUUAUAGAUAUAUUUUAAAUCUUGAUAAGGAUGUCGAGGCGAAAACUGGGUAGCAGACCCCAGCACGUCAGUACAUUUCCGUGUGAGACUGAGCUGAUGGAAGUGACCCUGCCCUCUCUUGAGAAGGUGGGCGUCCUGUUGGGGGAGGACCCCAGCGACCGUGACCUCCUGACCUGCGGACAGUGUCGCCACAGCUUCCCCCUGGCGCACAUCCUGGUCUUUAUCGAGCACAAGAAAGGGCAGUGCCAGGGUGGGGCCUGCCUCAAAGAGACGGAGCUUUUGGGACACAGCCCUCCCUCCCCGCCCAACAGGACAUUGAGUCGGUCUGCCAUGGAGCCAGUGGUCCAGGUGGCUUCAAGAAUGUGCGAGUGGAGCAGGCCCAGGGAGAAUGGAAUAUCGGUGAAGCAGGAGAACUCUGUGGAAGAUGAAGGAGAGCCAUCAUGCUAUAUCUGCCAGUCGUGCAAGGAACUGUUCCCCAGCGCGUGGUUCCUGCUGCAGCACGCUCAGAGCACGCACGGCCUCAGCAUCUACCUGGAGGCCGACCCCCUGAAAGGCUCUCCUCCCAGGGACAGGGAGUCGGGGUCCCUGAACUCCCUGAGAGAGAAGAUACAUCAGCGGCGCCUAGUCAGCCUCCAAAAAACAGACUACUUCUCUCCCUCCUUCACGCCCCCUCCUCGACGGAGCCUGCCCCACCAAAUCAACUACCUGUACCCCGAGAUGCACCCCGAAAUGCAGCCCUACCCCCAGUCUGGAAACGGCUUGUCGGAUCGAUUCGACAGCCCCGGGCAGGACCAGGCCCUCAACUUCUCAGCCCGGCUUCGAGAGCUGGCUGGGAACAUCGUGUCUGCAGAGCCCCCUUCCCCGGUGCGGGGCGGCUCUCCCUUCCUCCAGACCGCCCAGCCCCCCCGCGAGGGCACCCCGCCAGCCGGGGGGAGAGCCAAGUCCUGCGAGUUCUGCGGCAAGACCUUCAAGUCUUUGAGCAACCUGGUGGUACACCGCCGAAGCCACACUGGGGAGAAACCGUACCGCUGCCCCUUCUGUGAUCACGCCUGCACCCAGUCUAGCAAGCUGAAGCGCCACAUGAAGACACACCGACUUGAGAUCGAGCCCCAGGCCUGGGAGAGCUGCCUGGGGGCCGCCUCAGCGCUCAAGGCGAGGGCCAAAGAGUACGAGGGAUACCAGGGAGCUGACGAAACCAAGCCUGACACGGCAAAGAAAUCGCAUGAAAGCGAGGGCCAGGAGUUUGUUCUCCAGGCGGAGGUUUCCGAGAAGCUGCCGGAGAAGAAGAACCAUUGGCCAGGGAGCAGCCUGUAUGCGUGCGUCCCUUCACGGAUGAGAAAGCUCAAGGGCCUGUAUCCGAGCCUGGAGGAGCAGGAGGCUGAGGACCUCGCUGCGAGACAGCUCCCCUCAGACACAGAUCUCCAGGAGCUGGCCAACAAGAGCCUGCUGUCCUCCCUGGCACUGUCCCAGGCUUCUCCGGGCAAGCAGGGCCUGCUGAGCUUCCUCAACCGGAGGAUCAAACUGGAGCAGAGGGAGGAAACCAGCGGGAUCCCACCGCUGCCACCAGUGUACCAGAAUAGUUUGUAUUCCCAGUGGCUGUCCGGGUACAACGGGUCCAUAAACAGCAUAUCGGACCCCAAGGAUCCCACUCCCAGCCCCACUCUGGAUUCCAGGAGGGCCUCCCCGUUCGGGAAUGCUUCCGAACGCUCCCUGGAGAACUCUCCGGAAAACAACGGCGACUCGCGCGUCCUGACGGAAGACAGCUCGGAGGAGGCCCUGUCUUCGGAGAGCGGGAUCGCCAGCGGGAACUGCACCCCAAAGCAGACGGGCGGAGGUGGCGGGGGGAAGCGUGCGGAUACCUGCGAGUUCUGCGGGAAACGCUUCAAAAACAGCAGCAACCUGACGGUGCACAGGAGGAGCCACACCGGGGAGCGGCCCUACCACUGCACUCUGUGCUCCUACGCCUGCGCCCAGAGCAGCAAGCUGACACGCCACAUGAAGACCCACGCGCCCCACGGGGGCAAGGCUGCCUUCACGUGCCAGGUGUGCCACGUGCCCUUCUCUGUCUACUCCACGCUGGAGAAGCACAUGAAGAAACGCCAUGCCAACGAGGAUGCGGCGACGGAUAGCAGUGGCACUGCCCCCUGCGAGAUUCGACAGGAGCAGCAGCACAGCCAGUGCUAGGAAACCCAGCCCUGCACGCUAGCGCACAAGAGGGAUGGGUUUGUUACAGGCCAAGCUGUGACACAGAGAGAAGGGCUCUGAUUUGAGGGUUACAUAAUGCCUGAUUUCUGCUCCCCUGAAUGUCGUUUCAUUAGUUAGCAACCUGAUCUUUUUGUUGUGUAGCCAGAUGAAUGGUCAGUGUUUUUUUGUGUAUUUAAUGGAAGUUAAAGUAGAGAGAUUACAAAGUAUUUCCAUUCAAGUUUACCCGAUGAAAAUGGGCUUUGAAAAGCCAGGGACUGGUUACUGAGGACUUGCUUCUGGGAGUUUUAAAAGAGAAAGACUUCCAGUGGAAACGUUUCUCACUGAAUUUACAUUGAAGACACUGAGAAGGAUUUCCAGUGGAAACGUUUCUCAUUGACUUGACUAAGUUUUAUUUAGCAUUUCUAAAUUCAAGCACGAGUGAGUGUUUUAAUAGUUACUGAUGCAUUUCAAAAGAACUCAAACUCCCAGAAGCCUCUAGCUCUCCUAACCCAAUCACUGUUUUUUUCUUUGACCCUCGUAUUCUCAAGGUCUCUGUUCCUUUAUGCAACCUCUUGAAAUGAAAUUCAAGUCAAGAAGUUAUUGGUAAAUGUGAACUUAAUAAUCAAAUACACUUUAUCAUAAGGUGUGUUUCUUUCAGACGUAAGACCUACGAAAUACAGAAAUGAAUAUUAGCUGAGAUUGAAUUUAAAUUGUUCCAACCAGAUUCCUGUGUGUAACUUCAACACAUUUUAUAAAAUUCUUAAUUUAACCUGAUUUUUUUAACAGUAAAACCCCAAAAUAUUUAUUAUCCAGAUGGUUUUUGCAGACUGUAUAUGCCCAGGGAUUCAUUGUAGACAUCGCUAUGCUAUAGAUACACAUGGUGUUCAAUACAGAUUUGAAUGUAUAGGCACUGUACCUUUCCAUUGUCAAAGCUGGAAAAAUGGGGGUGGAGCUAGUGACAAGACCUGCCCCUUGCAGUUAUUUGACUUGAAUUGAUAGAUGUUCUUUUGCAUAUGUAUUUUCCUAGUCUAGUUUAGUAAUAACUUUUAAAAUAUAUAAACAUGUUUGUUACUAAUAUUUUUGCUGCUCUUCAGUCUAUGCAUUUGUAAAUGUCCUUCGUAAUGUUUAAAAAAGAAAGUUGACCUAAAAGGGUGUCUGUAAAUAGAAUUUGUAGAAGCUUCAUUACUUAUAAUAAUAAUAUUAAUACGUGGAGUGUUUUGGGUUUUUUUUUGGAGAUGUGGGUAUAUUUUAUACGUGCUUAUUUAUAACAUAAGAAAAAAUUAGAUUUAAAAAAUCUUUUUUUUUUACUUGAAAAAUGUGGGUGUUUUCUAUGUACAGUAUAUUGUUUAAGGGAUUUUUAAUAAUUCUUAUUUGACAUGUUGCAUAUAUUGAAUAUACUGUUGUUGUAGGGUACUUAAUAAAGAUGUUUUUAAUUUAUUUCA